AUGGUGGUUGCAGAAGCAAGAGUUGUGUCCCUUACAACUUCACUUUCUUCUCACACUUCACGUUCUUUCAUCCAUCAUCCUCCAUGCAUCUUAUCCUUACAAACAUCACCACCACAUAUCAUGAAGCAAAACAAAUUAUCCAUUAAAUCGGUUGCUUUCCGCGACAAGGUGUCUACUGAAACUGAUCCUGGGACAAAAAAACUGGAGCAAGUUAAGAGAACCUGCCAAGAGACACUGUUAAAGUCGAGUGAUCCAACAAAAACAUUGAAGAUAAUUGACAUGAUUCAAAGGUUAGGAAUUGGGCACCAUUUUGAGGAAGAGAUCGAUGUAAAACUUGGAAAGGUAGGGGAUUGGGAUUUUUCUCAAGACCUCUUUUCCACAGCUCUUCAAUUUCGACUACUCAGACAUAAUGGCCGCCAUGCUUCUUCUGAUGUUUUCAAGAAAUUUUUGGACAACAAUGGGAACUUCAAGGAAUCAAUUACCAAUGACAUUUGGGGGAUGUUAAGUAUGUAUGAGGCAUCAUAUUUAGGUGCAGAAGAUGAACAAGUGUUGCAACAGGCCAUGGAUUUCUCCAGUGCUCAUCUGCAACAAUCACUCCCACUUCUAAGUCCUGAUGUAGGGAAUCACGUUGCCAGAGCCUUAACACUUCCGAGACACCUACGAAUGAGUAGGUUAGAAGCUAGAAACUACAUCGAAGAAUAUAGCCAAGUGAGAAGCCAGAUGCCAUAUCUUCUGGAAAUGGCAAAGAUAGACAAUGCCAUGGUUCAAUCAAUGCACCAAAAAGAAUUAGCAGAUAUCUCUAGGUGGUGGAAUGACUUGGGACUAGUUGAGAGGCUUGGUUUUGCAAGAGAUAAACCAGCAGAGUGCUUUCUGUGGACAGUGGGGGUAUUCCCAGAACCGUGUUAUUCAAAUUGUCGCAUUGAACUUGCAAAAACCAUUUGUAUUUUGCUAGUUAUGGAUGAUAUUUUCGACACUUAUGGCACAUUGGAUGAACUCGUUCUUUUUACCGAGGCAAUCAAGAGGUGGGAUCUUGAUGCGAUGGAACAGUUGCCUGAAUAUAUGAAGAUAAGCUAUUUGGCGUUGUAUAACACCACCCAAGAAAUUGCAUGUAGAAUUCAAAUGGAGCACGGACAAACCGUUCUUUCUUGCUUGAAAAGAACUUGGAUAGACAUAUUUGAAGCUUUUCUGAAAGAAGCCAAAUGGUUCAGCAACAAAUAUGUGCCAACUUUUCAGGAAUAUUUGGCUAAUGGGGUGAUUUCUUCAGGAUCAUACAUGGCAUUGGUGCAUGCAACUUUUCUCAUUGGGGAUGGUAUCUCAAACAAAACCAUUUCCAUGAUGAACCCAUAUCCAAGACUUUUCUCAUGCUCAGGGGAAAUUCUUAGGCUUUGGGAUGACUUAGGAACCUCAAGGGAGGAACAAGAAAGAGGAGAUAAUGCUUGCAGCUUACAGUGUUUGAUGAAAGAAAAUAAUAUUUCAGAUGAAAGUGUUGCCAGAAAACAUAUAAGAGGAUUCAUUAGGAACUUAUGGCCAGAGUUAAAUAGUCUUGCUUUGACCACAACCUCUUUGCCUUUCUCAGUUAUAAAGGCUUCUCUUAACAUGGCUAGAACUGCUCAGGUAAUUUAUCAGCAUGGAGAUGAUCAGAACACAUUCACAGUUGAUGAUUAUGUCCAAACAUUACUCUUUACACCAACUCUCAACAAUUGAGAUGAAAUUCAUCUAUCAAUUAAUUAUCGAUUAUCUGUCACAGGAGAAGCAAAGUUUGUAUUAGCUAUUUGUACCAUUAUUCUGCCUUUAAUUGCCCUUUUGUUCAUUCCGAUUAAUACAAGUUAAAGUGAAGGUGAAUUUAAGAUUAUCACACAAUUUGUAAAA